UCAUAGAAGAAAAUGUUGUGAGACAAGCUUUAUAAAUUUAAUGAUGGAGGAAAUGUUUAACCACAGCGGAGCGCUCAACCGAAGUUCAGUGCUCGAAGACAUCGACGUGAGCGCGGAUGGCACCCCCAUCCUGAGGAUACUCAUAUCGGUUGUGUACUCUGUAGUUUGCGCGGUGGGUUUAGUGGGCAACCUCCUCGUCUUUUUUCUAAUGAGGUUACGACAAGGUCGAAAGAGAUCCACUAUUAAUGUUUUCAUCAUCAACUUGGCAGUGACGGACUUCCAGUUUGUUCUCACUCUGCCCUUCUGGGCUGUGGACACCGCGCUGGACUUCAGCUGGCCGUUCGGAGACGCCAUGUGCAAGAUCGUCCUUUCGGUCACCGUGAUGAACAUGUACGCCAGCGUGUUUUUCCUCACCGCCAUGAGCGUGACCCGCUACCUAGCCGUCGCCUCGGCUCUGAAGAAAAAAGCGCACAGGAGGUCACGGUGUGUGAAGUGGGUGUGCGCGGUGCUGUGGGUGGCGGCGACAGUUGCCACAGGUCCAACAGCUGUCUUCUCCACUGUGACUGUGGUGGCUGGCGAAAAACUCUGUCUCCUCAAGUUUCCCGAAGGACACGACUGGCUCGCCCUCUAUCACAUCCAGAAAAUCUUGAUCGCUUUCAUUAUCCCCAUGCUCAUUGUCUCCGUUAACUACCUGAUGCUGCUGCGCUUCGUCAGACUGAGGAGCAUGGACAGCAGCAACCCUAAACGGAGAUCUAGAGUCACCAAAUCUGUCGCUAUAGUUGUUUUGUCUUUCUUCUGCUGCUGGAUGCCAAAUCAUGCCAUCACCUUCUGGGGCGUGUUGGUCAAAUUUAACGCAGCAAACUGGGACACGUCGUAUUACAUGGUGCACACCUACGUGUUCCCGGUCACCGUGUGCUUGGCGCACGCAAACAGCUGCUUAAACCCAGUGCUUUACUGCCUGAUGAGGCCGGAGAUCAGGAAGAUGCUGAGCGCAUUGUUUUGGAAAGCCUCCACUCCGUCCUCCACGAAAGGUUGCGCCACGCGCUCCAUGACACAGGCAGAAACCCAGGGAGCCACGCCUCUCCAGAUUAUAGACAAUGCGGAGUACACGCUGUCCAUCAUAGACCGUAAGGGUUUAUCAGCCUCUAAAGUCCUCCCAUAUACUCGUUAACUGUAGCCUCGUGAUAAACAAGAAGACGCUUUGCGGUCCACCUGUAGCUGUUUUCAUUACGCGUGCGUAAAACGCUUUCGCAUCGGUCCCAGUCUAAGUGUUUGGAUGGGUUUGCAUCGCAGAUUCACACCGUGUGCGCUUUUUUUGCACCGCGACGCAGAAAGGCGCAGAGUGGUGUUUGUUUCACUGUGACAACUAAACUUUGGAUUUCUCCCAGUCUUGCUCUUCAGCUCGCGUUUCUCCUUGUCGUGAUUGUUAAAGACAAACAAGAAAUAACCGGGACGAGAGGGAGACACGGGACAGCAGAGAGAACGUCCUCGAGUGGAAAUCCAGCUGGGGACAUUAGGAUGGGAGGUCUGGGGGAUUUUAAUUGUAUUUUUUUGUAUUUUUCAAUUUCAGUGGUUUUGCUCGUGUUAGCUACCAUGAUUUAAUUAAAAAAAAAGAUGCCAUGUCCAUCAGUCCUGAGACAUCUCUUAAAGGACUUACGUGUACUGUACAAUGAGCAUGCAGU